AUGGACAUCAACUCGCUAUUAUCGCCGUCAGACUCGCCCGCACAGACGCCGCCUCCGCAGCAUAGCCAUGCGUCGCCGUCGACGCUGGCAGCGCACUCGCCCAACAAGCGUGCUGUCCGCCAGCAGAUGCCUUCGAGAACGCCCUCGGCCCUGAGCCAGCAAAUCACCUCGUCGCCACAAGCCCACCUCGUACACCAGAAGAUUCCCUCGCCUGGCUAUGCACAUCUCGCGAAUGGCACAAGAGCAGUCCACAGUGCCACGAGUACUCCACAACCGCUAAGCUCGCCACACGAUGCGCGCAUGACCCCGCCUGCUCACAUGUACCGGCAGGCGUCGACGCCGGGCAUGGACGCAUUGGCAGAUCUUGCGAGCAUGCAGCACCAGCAGCAAGCUGCACGACAAAACUCUCUUGGUCAUCAGCGUCCUGUUACGCUACAACACCUCGGGCAACACCUUUCUGGCGACUCUGUAACCAGCGCCGCUAUGUCGGAACACUCCCCAAGACCGCGCAAUUUUGCGACAGGAUCCUUGGACCAACAACACAUCGAAUAUCUGGAACAGCUUGACCGUGACCUCACAGAGAACCCCUUCAACUACUACAGCCAUCUUGCUUUAGUCACGACACUUCACCAAGGCUUCCAGACCCAUCUCGAGUCCAUUGAGGCCAGCCCGCACGACUACGAACUCAUUCACAUCCUGCGCGACGCAUACCGCGUAAUGUCAGACAAGUAUCCACUGGGCGAAACUCUAUGGCAUUACCGCCUCAACGACGAGAAAAUUCUCGCGAGGGCUACAGAGGAGCGCAUGGGUGUUCUUGAACUCCAUAAGCAAGCAACACACGAGGAGCCUUACAGUGCCAAACUCUGGGCUGCGUACGGCGAGUACGUCAGUUAUCUUGUUGCUUGCUCGUGGGAGCAGAUACCACCAGAGGAGUGGACGGAGGAAGACAGACUCAUCGGCCGUGAGCUCUUCCAGCCACAACUGUUGGUGGAUGCACUGCAGCAAGGCGCUGAGAGAGUGAAGUACAAUCUGCAAGAGAGCAACCUAGUCUGGGAUCGCUAUCUGCAGGUGCUGGAAGAAGACCUCGAACGUACUGGUCUGAGUCAAGAGAAGGUGACCAGGAUCGCAUCGAUAUACAACGAGCGACUGGGUCUACCGCACGCCACAUGGUCACACACACGAUCGAGAUACAUAUCCUUCAUCCAACGUUACAAUCUUGGUGACCCCGAACAGGUCAACGAGCAGGUUACUCAGAAAAACACUCACAUUAUCCAGCAGUGCGCCAACCGCGAGGAUUAUGAAUUCAAGGUCCUUCAGGCCAAACAACAGGGCGAUCAAAGUGCCGAGUAUCAUGCCAUCACCCGCUAUCUGAAGUGGGAGAAGAGGACUAUGGGUGUCUACAGCUUCCCACUUGUGAAUGCGUUAUAUGAACGUGCAACCUUGCGCUUUCCAGUCGACCCCUCCUUAUGGGAGGACCAUGUAGAGUUUCUAAUCUGGCAAAAAGAUCGAUCUGUCGAUCUGCUGCACGUGCUGGAGCGCGCUACUCGACAUUGCCCUUGGUCUGGAUCGCUGUGGUCUCAUCGCAUAUUGACACUCGAAGUCGAGAACAAGGCUUUCGAGGAGAUUGAACGCGUGAAACACACUGCCACUGGUACUGGACUGCUGGAGCACUCGGACAUCGAAGAGAUUAUCAAGGUUCAGAUCGCCUGGUGUGGAUACCUAAGACGGAGAGCAUUUGAGGAUCCCAAGGCAACCGAUGAUGAUGCCGAUAUCGCAGAAGUCGGGAUUCGUUCCGCGUUGGAGUUUGUGCGUGAGGUUGGGAUGAAAAAGCAUGGCAGGGACUGGGCAGGCGAUGCCAAGUACCGCCUCGAGCGCAUCCACAUGAAGUACUGGCUUGGGCGCGGAAAUGUCGACGAAGCCCGGAGCAUUUGGGAGACCCUUGUUAAGCGGCAAGCUGAUUCAUACGACUUCUGGUACCGCUGGUACAUUUUCGAGAUGGUCUUCUGGUCGCAGCAUGCAAUGCGGACCGAACAUAACGCUGGACAGCCACUUCUUACGCCCACACGAGCCACGGCUGUGUUGGAACGCGCCAUGGAGCGCCUCCAAACGAUGGACUUUCCAGAACCGAUCAUGGAAAUGUACAUGAACCACUGCGAGCAACACGAAAACGUUUUGAAAGUGAGAAGCGCAGCGAUUGAGAGGAGGCGAGCCGAACGCGUGGUUUCCAUUAGACGCGAGAAAGAGAAGGCAGCAGCCGAAGUGGCAGCGGCGGCAGCUCAGCCCCAGUCAGAUUACUUCAUCGAGAGUUCUGCAAAGAGAAAGAGAGAUGAGAACAGUACUGACCACGAUGCUGCCGCGAAGAAGAGCAGGCAAGCCGACUCUGAAGACCUGUCUCCUGCAGCUGUGCCUGUCAACGGAGAACCAAUCCGUGCUAGCGAGGCACCGUCUGAUCAAGCCAGUGGGCCGAAACGUGAUCGGGAGCACACGUCGCUCAUUGUGAAGAAUUUGCCUGUGGAUACCACACAGACCCAGAUACGGCAGUUUUUCACAGAUGCUGGCACUGUGCGGAACCUCGUGCUAAAGCCGGAACAGGACAGCUUGACAGCUAUUGUCGAAUUUGAGACCCCAGAAGAGGCUGACUAUGCCUUGAGCAAGGAAGCGAAGGGUUUCAAGGGCCACAAUAUCUCGAUCGAACGUGGGGAAAGCACAACACUAUACGUGACCAACUAUCCAGCGCACGCGGACGAGGCAUACCUCCGCAAGCAUUUCGAACCAUUUGGAGAGAUUAUUGGCUUCAGAUUUCCGUCUCUCAAAUUUGACACCCAUCGGCGGUUUUGCUACGUGCAAUUUGCCAAUGCUGCGCAAGCGGUUGCCGCAACCCAGCUCAAUGGUGUCGAUAUCGAAGGUCUGAAGAUCAACGUCAAGAUCUCUAAUCCGCAAGCCAAGAAAAAGCGGGAUGGCGCGACUGCUGAAGGCCGCGAAGUUUACGUGUGGCACCUCAACUUCAAGAUCAAGAAGCACGAAGUCCAUGAAACCUUCGCGCAAUUUGGCCCCAUUGACCGUAUCAACUUUCCGACUCUCAAGAACGGUAACAACAAGGGUUUCUGCUUCGUGGUCUUUGACGCAAAAGAUAGCGCUGACGCUGCGGUCGCUGAGAUGGACAAGAAGGAGUUCUGGGGCCUCGAGCUACAUGUCGAGAUCGCCAACGAUAAGAACGAAACAAAGCCGAAGAUCAGAUCUACACUCGAGAAUGCCGCCACUGCGCCCUCUGAAGCACUGACGCAGGCUGCUCCUGACGCUACCCCCGGGUGCUGCCAUCGCUGCAGCGCCUCCGCUCCCUUCAACGAACGCUCCCUCGCCAUUCUAAAUCUCCCCGACACUGUGCCCGAUGUGCGCAUCAGGCCCCUUGUUGAGGCUUAUGGCUUCAAAAAGAUCACUCUCGAACCACAACAUGGCGGCGCAGUCAUUGAAUUUACAAGCGUUGAAGGGGCAGGUAAAGCCGAAAUCGCGUUGCAGGCACUCGAUUUCGAAGGCAGAAAGUUGCGCAUUGGCACGGUGAAGGAUCUGAGGCAGCAGAAAGGCGAAUGGAAGGCUGCGAACAGCUUCCUGCAGCCCAAUCGCGUCCAACGACCGACGUCGCGCGGCGGCGCAAGAGGAAGAGGUAGAACCGGGUUUGGCGCGCGACCAGCCGUGCCCCGGGCUGCUGCCGCAACGAACGGAGAAGCGGCGAAGAGCAACAGCGACUUCCGCAAUAUGAUCCUCAAUAAGGGCCCUAAGCAGGUCGAGAACAACAAUGACAAGAUGGAGGAGUAA